CGUUCGGAAUCCCCAACUUGGAUUCCCAAGGCCACUGGUUCCCAAUUGGUUUGUCCUCUCUGUGAAUCGAUAGGAUCACAUAAAUCCCGAUUUACUAAUUUCCCACUAAAUUUGUUUUUCUCUUAUUUUGGGCUGCAAUAACAGCCCCAGAAAUCACAAUUAAAAUAUUGGGAUUUGAGGUGGUAGGUUGGAUAAGCCCACCAAGGAGAGGUUUGGUAUCACAAACUUGUUUUCUGAACUGGGUUUCUCUCAGAAUGGUCAAGCUUUGUUUAAUGGCUUCUUAUGGGUACCCUCUUGGAUUUGCGUCGAACCCAGAGCUGGGGUCUUGCAGGAUCUCCAAGGAUUGUCAACCUCUUUUACCAGGUCCUGGAUCAAGACAUGAAAUGAUAAGGUUGGAUGCCCUAAAUGUGACGCCGCAUCAGAGUGUUGAUCCGUGGAAACCCGUAAGUGGAUUCCCAAAACCUACCCAGCUUGUCAAGGUUGACUCCACCACCACAAAGCCUGUACUUAUCGAUGUGCAAGACAAUCACACAAACUCAAUACUAUUCAGCUUUGGGAUUGUCGAAAUAUGCACUAGAUAUGAGAAAAUCCUGCAGUUCCUCAUGUCUGGGUCGAACGAAGUGCAAGGAGGCGGACUGGAUUUUUCUAUGCUGUCUGAUUUAAUAGGGCUUCAAGCAUUGACGAAUAGCAACAUUCAUCAAAAUGCCUUCACUCCUGAUUUUGGUGCUGGGUUCCAGCCUUCCCUUCUUUACUCCAGUAGUCAAUUUUAUGCCCAGAGAGCUUUCUUGGAUCUUGUUGGGGAUUUGGCCCGUAGAUCAGAUUUUAAGUUUGAUCCAGAUGGCCGAGUCUCAUUCACAGGUAGUAGCACCGAGUUGAAGCAUAUACUUUCAGUUGUUGCAGAGUACCACUCGUCGAAGAACUCAACCCAAUGGAGAAAACAGUCAUUUCUGAUCCCACACUUUGAUAGGUUGGAUUGCAUUGAAACAAAGGCUAAUGUUCACAAGUCUAAUGUGAUGGUUGAAAAUGUGACAUUCACUCCCCUCAAGAGUCCCCGGAAAAGCAAAGUCAAGUCAUCACCAAAUAAGAAAACUAACAAGAAAGCAAGAGAGAGGGAUCUUUACACAAAGAACUACUUCCAUGCAUGUGAGUGCCUGCUCUCAAUAAUGAUUGACAAGAAGCACAGCAAAUCUGCCAUCCUAUCUCUCAAGAAAUUCAGCGGGGAACUACCUGAGCUUCUGAUGCAGUUCUCUGCCAGCAUCGCGGGGACAGGGAUUGCAGUUAUUUUCUCUGUCAUCUGCAAAGUAGCUUAUAGCAGGGUACCUUUCUGUGCAUCCAAACUCUCUAGCACCGGUAUUGGGUUAGGACUUGUUUGGCUUUCAUGGGCAGUGAACAGACUGAGGGAAACAGUUGUUUAUAUCAGCAGAAGUUCAGGAAAAUUGGACGUGAAAGAAGAGGAAAUGAUCACGAAGUUGGACGGAAGCGUUAAAGAUAUUUACUUUAGGGCUGCAACAGUGAUGGCAGUGGCAAUGCUGAGGCUUGCGUGACUACAGAGAGUUAGGGUUUCUGGAAAGACAGAGAUGUGAGAUAAACCUCUUAGACUUGUGAUGAGUGCAAUGUAAAUGUCCUACUGGAGUCCAAGGGUGUUGUUAGACAGAGCUCACGGUAAGCUUGAGGUGAGUUGUAAGUUGCUUUGGUUUGAACGGAAAGUUUUGGGAAAAUGACUCGUAAUUUUGAACCUUAUGAACGACGAAGAAUCCUACCUCAAGUUUCUGAGUGUGAGCUGUGUCUGAUCACCAGUCAAGUCGGUUUUGUGCAGGUCAGCGUUUGCUGAAGGGGAUGUAUAUUGAAGAGUGGUGAGGUGGACUAAUGAAACAUUAACCCUGUAAUAAAUACAAACUAUUUAGGCGUGAAAUCUUUAAGCAUUUUCUUCUA